AUGGGAAAGAAAUUUAAUAAUUCAGAAAUAUUUCCUAGUAACCCAAUGCUUAUGUGUAUUUGUGGAAGCUCACCAAAACUGUUAGAUUUCGAUUCAUUAUAUAUCUACACAACUACACCACAGCAAUUAUAUUAUCAAUUCCUCAAAGCUUUAGAAUAUAUACCAAAGAAAGACGUUCAAGACAUAUUUAAAUAUUAUGAAGCCAACGAUGAGAUAGUGGAAAUAAAAGAUAUCUUAAAUACAUAUAUAAAAGAAAAGAAUCCAUCUUUCCAUCCAACAGACAUAAAAGUUUUUCUUACGAAAAAUGUUAAUGAUUUAGAUUUAUCUAAAAUUGAUAGUGAGCGAAAGAACUUAAUAGUGUUUGACGACUGUGUAGCACAAAGAAAUCAAGCUGUUCAAGAAUUCUUCACGAAAGAAGACAUCACAACUGUCACUGCAUAUACCAAUCCCAAUCUUUCUACGGAAUGGAUGCAAUGUUCAUUAGAAAAAAUGCAAAUUGUUUUUUAUUAUUCGAAUUGA